UCAACACAAGCUGGUUUAGCGAGGAGCCAUCAUCGUUAUUAUAAUUAGGCUUACCAUUCAUGACACAAAUCACACAAUAUUGAAAAUGAAGCACUUCCUGUACAUCAUUUUGAUAUCCAUUAUGCUAAGUAAGCACUACGCCAUGACACAUGUUAUUCGGAAGAGACAGCUCUUCCGUGAACAAGUCCUGCCACAUGCCGGCGGUAAAAUUCCUGACUCAGCCUUCCACACUGAUCGCCUGGCCCUGAACCGCUUACAAAAGGACGGUAUCGCAGUUCCGGACGGGGUCCUCCUGGAACAGAGACGUUACCAGGUGUAUCCCCACCCUCAUCGAUCGUCACGACCAACCUUCCUAGUCGCCCAAACCCCGGACGGUCGCUACACAUCGCCCGAGGGCGUCUACGGCGGCCACAACGGCUUGGAUACGGUGGAUAGCACCUACGCCGUCCCGAUGCCAUGGGAGAAGGACUCUCACUACAAGGUUCCGUCAGUUGGCUACGCUUACGGCAAGCCUGCAGCAGUGCCGGUCUUCAAAGAGCUUCGUGUGCCCAACUACUCUGUGUUCAAUUUCGACUAUAGCAAUAUCAAGAGCAAGCUUUUGCGCAAACCGCCUACGCUUUAUCCAACGGCGGCGAUUGCGUCCGCUUACAGCCCUGCUUCCAUUAGCCAUCAUCACGUUCUUCAUCAGCCAGCAGCAAAGCCAUCGUUAUCUGUGGUGCCGCAGAACUACGUCGCUUACCACGCAGCGCUAGGUAACCUGUUGAGUUACCCACCUGCUUCCGCGUACGGUAGCGAUUGGGAAAAAGACUGGGCGCCGAGCAGUGCGUUCCACAUAAAUCAUGACCUAUCGUCAUCACACCCACUUAACAGUUUUGAGGACUUUUACGGCGACCCUGGCAGCAAACAACGCUAUUACCGGCAUGCCAACCAGCAGAAACCGUCGCCAUCAUCCCCGGCGCGAGCUGCCAAGGGACGAAGACCAUCCUCAGCAUCAUCGCCAUCGGUAGCGGCAGGAGCAGCAGCAAGACCGCCUUCGCGGACAGCCACUUGAGCCGUUGUUGGCAGCAGCUCGUUAGCGAUGUUACCUUUUUUCCGGAUCCCGCUUGUCUCCUCCACUUCUCCUCCUCCACACACACAGUGCUGACUGCGCUUCCUUCGAACAGCUUUCGAUUUUAAUCCAUAAGAAAAGGACGAGCCGUCGUGAUUGAAUGGACCGUGCGUUCGUUUGUUUGCCGGUCGCUCCUGCUACAAUAAAUGUUUAAUCCCUCAAACGAGAGAGCCCACGUGGCGUUCGCCGCCCGGCCGUGGUGGAGAGGCUGAUGCCCCCUUAAUCCUGCUUUGGUUUGAAUUUUAUCCUCUUUUUCGGCAAAUUGUGGGAAAGUUUGCACAACUUUGGUGGGGUGGGGUGGAACGUAAUGAGGAGAUGGAUUGGGUGAAUUCAAUAAGGGCACGUUGAAUGUUCUAUUUUCCUCGUUUAGUUUAUUUCUUCAUUUCAACCGUUCAGGUUCCACUGAGGCCAAAAGGUGUUUAAAUUUGUUAUUUGGAAUCCGAUUUCUUCGAAAACAUUCUUCGAAUACACAUAUGCCAGUAUGUCUGCUCCGAUUCAUUGUUCAAUGAGGUUUUUCACAAACCCUUUGAGAUUUUAUUGUAAUUUUUCAACCCAAAUGUCUUUUGAGAGCAGCAGCAUUUUCUUGAAGUGUCAAACCUCUUCAAAUCUAGAGUCACAGACAAACAGACGUAACACAUUGAACGAUUUUCAUGGAAAUCUAUCACCCAGGUUACACUACCAUCACCUGGUGGAAAAGUUGCACGAAUCACUGUGUUGUGCAAUAUCGUCAACAGAAGGCGCUAGUGUGAAACGUCAAACGCAUAGAGAAACGAUGCGCGCGCCUCUGGUUGUGAAAGCCACAACUAUGAAUAUUUAAAAUGAUCGUUAAAAGCGUGGUCGAUGGAAAUUUCGCAAGUGUUACGUCUGUUUGUCUGUGAUAGAGUCAUCCGAUGAUUUAUGAGUACCGUAGUUUUUACUGCCUGCCUACAUUGAUAAUAGUGAGAUUAUUUGCAAUGGUACUCCAUCAACUGCAUUACUGUCAAAAAUGGUGACAUUCAUGUUUUAAACGCUAACUCAGACCUUGUCAGUAACUUACUGCACAAAACUUAUUUCAAACUAAGUUACCAAUAACUAAUUAGUGAACGUAGUAAAUACCUAUCGAUUUUUAGUGUAAGGUGUACAAUAUUGAUGAGUAGCUACUAAUAAACGAGACCGAUU